CACCACAUCCCGCCCCGCAGCCCGGCGCCCGCUUCACCAUGUUCUCCCGCACGACAGCCUGCCGGGGCGCCCAGCGAGCUGCCCGCCAGCAGGCCGUCCGCCCGGCCCAGCGCCGAGGCCUCGCUGCUCCGGCCUCAGGAUCCUUCCAGUAUCAGUCGGGCGAGGCCAACGGCGUCAAGUUCGCCAGCAGAGACUUUGCCGGCCCGACCACGACUCUCGCGCUCGUAUCGAAGGCGGGGACGAGGUACCAGCCGCUGCCCGGCCUGACGGAGGGUGUGAUGAACUAUGCAUUCCGGAGCACCGAUCGAAGGUCGACGUUGCGCAUUAUUCGAGAAUCCGAGCUCCUCGGAGCCGAAUUGAACCCGUACCACACCCGCGAGAACCUCGUCCUCGAAACCAAGUUCCUCCGCGAUGACCUGCCCUACUUCGUCGAGCUCCUCGCCGAGGUAGCCAGCUCUACCAAGUACUCUCCGCAUGUAUACCAUGAGGAAGUUCUCCCCCUCAUCCACUUUGCCCACAAGCGGUUCCUCGCCAACCCUCUCGACAUGGCUAUCAACUCAGCCCACAGCCUUGCUUUCCACCGCGGUCUGGGUACCCCCACAGCUUCCGCAUCGACGACGCCUUACACCAAGUACCUCGAACCGUCCACCAUCGAGUGGUUCUCCAAGGUCGCCUACGCCAAGCCAAAUUUCGCCAUUGUCGCCAAUGGAGCCGAGCACAGCGACCUUUCGAAAUGGGUGAAUGAGUUUUUCGACGAUGUGCCUGCCACAGCCCCGGAGAACACGGCUGGCACUGAACAGACCAAGUACUACGGAGGCGAGGAGCGCAUUGCUCACGAUAGCGCCAACGCUAUGGUUAUUGCUUUCCCCGGCUCAAGCUCCUUUACCGGUAAAUUCUACAAGCCUGAAAUCGCUGUCCUCGGAUCUCUCCUUGGCGGUCAGUCCAGCAUCAAAUGGUCAUCCGGUUUCUCGCUCCUCGGCAAUGCCAAGGCAUCGCCCGGGACCAAGGUCAAAACAACGAGCGCCAUCUACUCGGACGCCGGCCUGCUGUACACCACCAUCACCGGCGCUGCUGAGAACGUCGCCAAGACAGCGUACACGACCGUCGAGAUCCUGAAAAAGAUUGCGGGAGGCGACAUCGCUAAGGAGGAUAUUGCGAAGGCCAAGGCAAAUGCCAAGUUCAAGGAGCUCGAGUAUGGCCAGGACGUCAAGGCUGGUCUGUUGCUCACAGGAGACGGCCUCGUUUCGAACUCCCAGGCGUACCAGAUCGACGAGGUUGCCAAAGCCAUCGACGGCGUCACAGACGAGGCUGUCAAGUCGGCCGCCAAGUCAUUACUCGAGAACAAGGCGUCAGUAUCAGCGGUGGGUGAUCUCUUCGCGCUGCCGUAUGCUGAGGACCUGGGCCUCAAGGUGUAAAUACAAUAUAUCUGGAGUAGCGCUGAGGUGGAAACAUCGUUUGACUUGGGGCUUUGUGUACCAUUACCUGUGAUUAGUCCCAGAUAGAAGUGUUUAUUAUGAGGAUUUUUCAUUUGUUACUCUUUCAUUGUGACUGCGCGUGAGAAUCGCGUCAAGCUGCGGAAGGUAUCCUGUCAAUACUUAUAUCCUUGAUGAAGC